AUGCAGUUCUGGCCUACCCUAGUGUUGGGUCUGCUAUCUUGCAUAGUCCAUGCUAGUCCUCUCACCAUAAAUGAGGAGAAGAGAGAUGAUCUUUCCUACGAGGAAAUGUUCAAGCAGGCUGAGCACUUCUUCCCGGGAGUCUGGUGGAAAUCGGCACGAGAUACCUGCAGCGAAAAACAAUUCAAAGCCUUAUACGAAGCGACAUCCGGCACCAUAGGCUUGCUCAAUGGUUUGGAAGAGAAGUCAUAUGGCGAUGACGAUCUCGGUUUAUCACCUGCAUGGUAUCACUUCUUCAUGGACGGGAAAAUCUGGCAAGCGGUAAGAUGUCCUGGAACCCAGUCAUCAGCCAUUCUGACGGUCGGCAACUAG